AUGGCCGAAGAACAGUAUAUUGGAAAUGGCAAAAAUAGUACGACCAUUAUGGCCGAAGAAAAACAAAAAACAAAGGUAAACUUGGAGGUGGGAAAAAACAAAAAAAACCAAAAAACAAAGGUGGAUCUCGAAGUUGGAAAAAAUGAAGAAAAACAAAAAACAGAGAAAAAUCGAGAGGACCAAGUUGACUCGAGACAAGCAGAAAAAGAAAAAAUAGAAAGAGACCAGGAGGUCGAGAAAACCAAAGAGUGCAAAGAGCAAGAACUAGAACCCAAGUUAGAUUGUAUUUUCGAUGAUUCGCCCCUGGGAUUCGAAAGGGCCACCAAUGAAGAACAUAAGUUAGAGUCCCAAGACCCACUUGAAGAAAUUAAUCUGGGAACUGUCGAAAAUAGGAAAGUAACUUAUAUCAGCAAGUACUUAUUGCAAGGGAAGUUAAAGGAGGAAAUAAUUCAAGUUUUGCAUGAAUACAAAGAUUGCUUUGCAUGGGAUUAUGAUGAAAUGCCAGGAUUAGAUCGAGAGUUGGUAGAGCAUAGGCUACCCAUGAUCCCAGGAAAGAAACCUGUGAAGCAAAGUCCUCGAAGAUUUGCUCCUGAAGUAGUUGAAAAAAUCAAAGGAGAAAUCGAGAGAUUAUUGAAAGCAAAGUUCAUCAGAACUUCAAGAUAUCCCGAGUGGAUCUCGAAUAUAGUGCCAGUUAUGAAGAAAAACGGGAAACUCAGAGUAUGCAUUGAUUUUCGAGAUCUUAAUAUGGCAACUCCCAAAGAUGAGUAUCCUAUGCCCAUAACAGAAACUAUGAUAGACGCCGCUGCAGGUGCUCUAGGCGUCUAUGAAUGGGUGAUGAUGCCGUUUGGAUUAAAAAACGCAGCAGGAGAAUUUCUGGGGUUCGUCAUACACCAGAAAGGAAUUGAAGUUAAUCGAAAUAAGACGAAAGCUAUCAUGGAGACUAAACCUCCAUCGAACAAGAAGGAACUUUAA